GAAGCGCAGCCAUUGACCCGGAAGCCGUUGCUGCCGAUUCACCGGGGAUGCGGGACUGACCGCUGCUCAGCCCCCCUUGGUGUAGACAAACCUGAAGAGAUGUUCUCCACAGGAGUGAUGAGAAGCUGGAUGUCAUCGUUGACUUUGGGGGCAGCGAGACUGAUCGGCUUGUCACCGGCUUCCUUCCUUCAGCGAGCUUUCCCAGCAGGAGUGACAUUGCCCUCUCCGGCUUGCCAGCACAACAGACGCACCAUGGCCACCCUCAACCAGAUGCACAAAAUGGGCAAACCCAAGCGUGCCCCCCACAAGCUGGGGCCCACCUUUGGCCGGCCACAGCUGAAAGGGGUGGUGCUGAAGACCAUGAUCCGCAAACCCAAGAAGCCAAACUCGGCCAACCGCAAGUGUGCCCGUGUCCGCCUGAGUAACGGGAAGGAAGUGAUCGUCUUCAUCCCCGGGGAGGGCCACAAUCUCCAGGAACACAACAUCGUGCUGGUGGAGGGGGGAAGGACACAGGACCUCCCGGGUGUCAAGUUAAAAGUUGUGCGCGGGAAGUAUGACUGUGCACACGUCCAAAAGAAAAAGUAAAGACUUUCACACUGACACAGUAUUCAGAACUGCAAGCCUGUCAUUAAAGUUGUGUGGUUCCUCCA